AUGACCCUGGACGAGAGCGUGAGGCCGCCCGAGGAACCCGACCUCCCUCCGCAGCCGCUCAGACCUGCCCCCGCGCCUCCGCCAAGGAUGCCUGGGGGGUGGACGGACAGCGGGGAGGGGUCGCCGUCCCCCGCCAGCAGCAGCAUAGGCCUCGGGGCGGGAGUGGAGACGCCGCCCGAGCCCUCCCGCCCCGCCCCCGUCCUGGACCGAAGGGACUCGAACCGGUCGCUCAGCGGGCGGAUCCAGAGGAGGGAUUCCAGUAAGGAACUCCUGGUGUCGUCACAGCAGAGCAGCCCGAAGAGAUCGUCGACGAACCCCUUCAGAGCGUCCUGGGUUCCCCCCGACGAGGCUUCCGAGGGCGCUUAUUUCGAGGAAGUCUCCCGCGAAACCAUUUCCGCCCCUUCUCGAAGGGCGCCGUCUGGACCGGGCAGGGGCGCGCCCCCGUCUGGUGCCGAGAGGGUGAAUGAGGGGAUGCAGCGAGCUUUUGCAGAGAAGCCCGAGGCAAGUGUGACUGUCACGGCAACGGCCAGCGUCACUCAGAGUGGCCAGACUGUCGCUGACUGGUUCGGUGGAGGUGCCGGGAACAGGGCUGGCGGCAUUAAUGUCACUGCUAGUGGUGGCACUGGGUGGUUCACCAGCACUACUAGUGAAGGUGUUGGUUCUGGUGGUGUCUCCAGCGUUGUUGCUACUGACAGUGGGAAUAGGUGGCUUAAUGAUCUCACUGGCAGCAGUUCUGGCGCUGGAAUUAGUAGCAGCGGUGGAGUUGGUGGUGUCAGUGUCGCAGUAUCCAACAGUGUUGGAUAUAUGGGUGACAACAGAGAGAGCAGCGGUGUUGUAUCCCAGGCAGGGGUCGGUCAGACCUCUACAGUAUACGAUAACAGCGUCAACUACAAACCAUUACAACCUGACUCUUUCGUAAAUAAAUUUAAUGAAACCAAAGACCCACCAAUCUUCGGAAACAAGAACUAUUUCUCAGCUACAGAUUACACAAGACCCGACAAUGAGGCAGCGACUGGUAUCAGCGCAAGCACCACGCCCUAUAUCAAUCAGAUAUCUACCACCACGAGUACAGAGAUGGGGGGUUCUGGAGGUGCGGUUCCUGGUUUGAUCCUUCCCUCGAGGAACCCCGUUCUCCCAUCGGACUACGGAGGCGUCGGAGACGUUCCCGCGACGCCUCCGAACACCGCUACCUCCGACCCCUCCUCCUCGCCCUCGCCCUACAUCUCAUCGCGCCUGGCGGAGGUCGAGGCGAGGAUAGGGCUCCUAGGGGCGCGGCAGGAGGAGGAGGAGCGGUCAGCGUCCUUGGGAUGGGCGCAGGUGAGCGCGGGAGGGAGACCAGUGAAAGUGUCUUAG